AUGCGCACCUCGCGGGGCCUCCUCCUCGCCGCCGUCGCCGGCCGCCACGCUUCAGCAGCCGCUCCUGCCCACAGAUCCCUCCGCGUGCGCGAGCUCCAAAUCCUCGCCCAGCCGGAGCCCGUGCGCCUGAAGAAGCUCUCGGCACCCGACUCCGGGAUCGUGGAGCUAACGCUGGAGCGGCCAGAGGUCAAGAACGCCAUCAACUGGGAGCUGAUGAGGAGGCUGCGGGCCGCGAUCGGGAAGAUCGAGGCCGACGCGACGGCCAAGGUCGUCCUGGUCGCGAGCUCCGUGCCAGGAAUUUUCUGCGCGGGCGCCGAUCUCAAGGAAAGGAGGCUCAUGAGUUCUUCGCAAGUUCAAGAAUAUACUAAUUCGUUAAGGUCUACAUUCUCGUACGUUGAGGCACUCCCCAUUCCAACAAUUGCUGUCAUUGAAGGAGCGGCUUUGGGUGGCGGGCUAGAACUUGCUCUGUCAUGUGAUAUGUGUAUAUGUGGAGAAAAUGCAACCCUUGGUCUGCCAGAGACAGGCCUUGCUAUUAUUCCUGGAGCCGGCGGCACGCAGCGCCUUCCAAGGAUUAUCGGAAGGUCCAGAGCAAAGGAACUGAUAUUCACAGGUCGUAGAUGCGACGCCGCUGAAGCUGUCAUGAUGGGACUAGCAAACUACUGCGUUCCAGCUGGGGAGGCCUACAACAAAGCUCUUGAAGUCGCUCGUGAGAUAACAAAGAAAGGCCCUCUGGGCAUAAAAAUGGCCAAGAAGGCCAUCGAUCAAGGGAUGGGGGUAUCAGACAUGGGCUCUGCGCUGGCUGUCGAAGGGGAAUGCUACGACCAGCUGCUGCACACGCGAGAUCGCCUCGAGGGCCUAGCUGCAUUCGCUGAGAAGAGGAAGCCUGUGUACACCGGAGAAUAGUGUUGAUGUGUCCCAAUAGGAGAAUAGUGUUUGAAAUGCCAUGAUGGUCUUCCUGCCUAUUGAAUCCUGCCAAACCUUCA